AUGGCAUGGCCCCAGGUCAGGCUGUGGCUGAGGAGGCUCUGGGUGCUGGUGCAGGUGGCUGCAGAAGUGGCCCUGGGCAAGGUGCUGAUGACACUCUUUCCAGAGCGAGUGAAACAGAACAUCCUGGCCAUGGGCCAGAAAACUGGUUUGGCCCAGAACCCCCUCUUCACCCAUGACAACUGGAUCCCCACCUUCUUCAGCAUCCAGUAUUUUUGGUUCAUCCUGAAGGUUCGUUGGCAGCGACUGGAGGAUGCCACUGAGCCAGGAGGUCUGGCCCCAAACUGCCCCGUGGUCUGCCUCUCGGGACAGGAGUGCCACAUCUGGGACUUCAUGCAAGGUAACAGGCCUCUGGUGCUGAAUUUUGGAAGUUGCACCUGACCUUCAUUUCUUUCCAAAUUCGACCAAUUCAAGAGACUUAUUGAAGAUUUUAGCUCCAUUGCAGAUUUUCUCAUCAUUUACAUUGAAGAGGCGCACGCAUCAGAUGGCUGGGCUUUUAAGAACAACGUGGACAUCAGGAAUCACCGGAACCUCCAGGAUCGCCUGCAGGCGGCGCACCUGCUGCUGCCCAGGAGCCCCCAGUGCCCUGUGGUGGUGGACACGAUGCAGAACCAGAGUAGCCAGCACUAUGCCGCACUGCCCGAAAGGCUCUACGUACUCCAGCAGGGCAGGAUCCUCUACAAGGGUCAACCUGGUCCUUGGAACUAUGACCCGGAGGAAGUCCGCGCUGUCCUGCUAAAGCUCCACAACUAA